AUAGGAAUAUAUGCAACGAUAUUGGGAAUAAUAACGAAGGAUGAUGAGAAGCUGAAGCUGCAAUUGUUCUUGAAGCUAAAUCAUAAUAUAGAAGUUUUUAUAAAGGAUAAUUCCCUGCACUGCUUAUUAUGGAUAAGGUGCAUAAUCGCCUUAAGCUGUUGCCAUGUGUUUCCAUUUGCUCAAUGUUUGAAUUUAUUUAAAAAUUUGUACCAACUGUGCAUCGAAUUGUACAAGGAAAAAGAGUUCAUAAAGGGAGACAACAUCCUGUACUUGUUUUUAAGCAAUUUCUUUUAUAUAUCCAAACAGAUAUAUGAUGAGAAUAAAGAGGACUUGGAUAAUAUGCUGACUAGCUGCUUCGAUUUAAUCGAAAAAAGACAAGAACACAUUGAUAACAUAGACCUAGACAAUAAUGACGUGGCGACCAUCGAGUAUAUAUACAUCUACAUUAACAGUGUUAUACAUAGUGACAAUUUUUAUGAUAGAUUAUUUUAUUUGAAAAGUGCAUUGUACAAUUAUGUGCAGAAUAAUUUAAAAAGCGUGGCUACGCAUAGGUUCUAUCAGAAGGAAAUAUUUCAAAAUAUAUUUUUAAAGAAGGAAGGUUUGGAGGAUGGUUUAUCUGGUGAAGAAAAGGAGUCCGAUAUUCACAGGGUUGUUCUUCUGGAGAAUGGAGAUCACGAUGUGGAUGGAGGAGUGGAUUACGCUUCGCAAAACGAUGUAAGCAACUCGAGUAAAGACACUCCUGGUGAGGCAUCACUACAGAAUUACAAGAAAAAAGAAAUAACCCUUCCAAUGGCCAUCGAGAAGUGUACAAAUGUAGAAUUCUUUGCCAACUACGAAUGCGCCCAGAGUAUCUUCAGUCUGCAAAUUAAAUUCCAAACAAAGCAUGCAGAUAGUAAAAACAUGCAUGACGUGUGGUUAAUGCAAGAACAUAUUUUACACAUCAUCCAACUGUAUAACAAUAGCGUUGAAUUCAGCUCCAAAGUAUUAGGCGUGUACGUUCAGCUACAGAGCAAAUUAUACAAUAAUGUGUUAAUCGAAUGCAUCAUCAACAAAUUGUUAUCGUCUUUUAAUAAAAAAAAUUACUACUUUUAUAUAUCCCUCGUCCAUAGAUUAUUGUUAAUAAAUAAAAAUUUGGGAAGUGUAAUUAUCAGAUGUAUCAAAUUUGUUUUGAAGCAAAUUGGGAAGUUGGACAAUGAAUCCUUUUACCUCUUCAUGGAGCUUUGUCUCUACAUGCUGUCCUACUUUGCCUACGAGAAUAAGGUGCUGAAGAGCAAGGAGAACUUUUUUAAAAGGAAGUAUAACGACAUGAAUAAAAUUCUAAAAGUGCAGGAGGAGAACCUGCAGAAGAUGGGCCUCGAGAAGGGGGGGGAGACCCAAGAGGGCGAGGAGCCCGGCCAAAACAAGAAGAAGAGGAAGCGGGACGAGGGGGAGCCAAACGAGCAGCUAAAUGAGCAGCUAAAUGAGCAGCCAAAUGGGCAGGCAAACGAGCAGCCGAAUGAAAACACCAAUGAACAGCCAAAUGAAAACGCCAGUGAACAGCCAAAUGAACACCCCCAGGACGGCGACAACCACCGAGACAGCGCCACCGGAACGAAGAGAACCCCCGUCAUCCUGAAAAAAAAUGAAAGCACCCUGAACGCGAUGAAAAACUUGGAUUGCAAAAUGCCCUUCUGCAUUGAAGCUGACAUGAAGUACAGCUCGGAUGAGGAGGGCGAUGAUAAAGACAAUGAAGAUGCGGAUAACGCGCAAAAAGACGAAAGGGAUGAACAUGAAGAAGAGGAGAGUGACGAUGAAGAAGAUGACGCAGAAAAUGAUCAAACGGAUGGUAUGAAACACAGUUUUGACGCUCAGAGUUUUAAGGAGGAGUUGGAGAAUCUAGACAUGGGAGAUAACUUAAAAAAGUUCACCAAUUUAAUGUAUAGUGUGAAAAAAAAAUAUUGCCGAAAGUGGACACGAAAUUUUUAUUUUAAAUCAUGUUCGUUAAUAUAUAAAAACGAGUUAGAAAAUUUGAUUCCCAAAUCGGUUAUCACCUACUGCAACAGUUUUAAGUGUGAUGUCAAUCGUCAGCACGAAAUUUUUCACGAGUAUGCCAUUUUUAACUCCAUUUUGAAGUACUCCAUUGACGAGAUUAACAAUAUAGAAGAUCAAUUUUAUGACAUGAGCAGAGAGGACGAUUAUAAUAACGAUGUUGAGCAGAAGGCUUUGGACAAAUUUAAAGAUUCAAUUAAUACGUUUAUUCAAACGUUUUUUAAUUACCUAAAUGAAAAAACGUUUCUGCCCAUUAUUUUGAUAACAUAG